AUGCCGUGGCACGACAUCCACUCAGUUACCUUUGGCCAAUCAGCUCGCGACGUGGCCCGCCAUUUUAUUCAGCGAUGGAAUGCGACCAAGACGGAGAAAUUAAAGGAUGAUGCCGCAUACCCCUACCUCCUACCGAAAAGCUAUGAAAACCUGAAGGUGCCCCGAAUUUUCAAGAACAUUGCCGACCCGGUGAAUGCACAGGUGCUCCGUUCUCUUUCGGGCUGGUCUGGGAUGAUGCACCGGACAGAGGAUUCAAUCCAGCAAGCCUAUGUCUCGUUGAUUGCGAAUAGCAAGCACUACGUCUACAUGGAGAACCAGUUUUUCAUCUCGAUGACCGGCGGCGCCGACGUGCACAAUGAGAUCUGCCGGGUGCUUGUCGAGCGGAUCGUCAGAGCUCAUCAGGCCCGUGAAAAUUUCCGCUUCUACCUGCUGAUCCCGCUGAUGCCCGGGUUUGAGGGAGACGUCGGCGCACCUGGUGGUAGUAGCUUACAAGUGAUCCUCCACUGGACCUACGAGUCCCUCUCCCGCGGCGACUUCUCCCUCUUUGGCACGCUGAAGAAGCGCGGCGUUGAGGACCCGGCGCAGUACGUGUCGGUGAACUCGCUGCGGACGUGGGACAUUCUGACCGGCAGAUUGGUGACCGAACUGAUCUACAUCCAUUGCAAGCUGAUGAUUGUCGAUGAUGAGCACGUCAUCAUCGGCUCGGCCAACAUCAACGACCGUUCGCAGGCGGGUAACAGAGACUCUGAGGUGUGCAUGGUCUACACGGACACAUCACGGGAACGCUCGAUCAUGGAUGGCAAGCCGUAUGAAGCUGGAAAGUUUGCGAAGAGCCUGAGGGUCAAGUGUAUGCAGGAACAUCUCGGCUUGCUGCCGGACGCGCGACGACCUGCUGGCUUCGCAAAACAGGUCUCGCUAGAUGACCCAGUUUCCGCCUCCUUCUUCGUCGACGUUUGGCAACAAACCGCCCGGACAAACACCAAAAUAUACGAAGAAAUUUUCCACACCUUCCCCACCGAUCUGGUCGAAUCGUUCGAGGAGCUGGCCAAGUGGAAGUCGACAAUGCCCUUGGCCGAGUACACCCCCAAGAAGCGGAAGCCAGGCUUCGCGACGUCAACGGCGUGCUCGUCGAAUUCCCGA